CUCUUCAAUGCGGACCAGUCGGCGGGUAGCAUCCGCAGGGGCCACCACGGGUUGCUCGCUACUCGCUGUUCCAUUCCAUCCCAUUAUUUUCUUCGCGAUACUCUUACGCGGUCAAAUCAUCCAAUCAUCAGUGCAACCACGAAUUUCUUCUUUUUGCAGCGUGCUGAAAACGUGCGACUAAUAUUCAACUGUUACGGUUCGUCGACCUACUAUCAUUCCAUUCGAAUACUACCGGAUUACCGCCGCAUCAUUUGAAAAGACACUCGAUAAGAGUCCUAUCAACCGGACGCGCUCCGCGGAUAGCAUCGAUAGAGUCUGGAGCCGAAGAAUAUAAAUUGUCGUCGUCGUUCGAGCGUGCCCCGAACAAUACCAAGACCUUACUAACAGCGAAAGGAACGAAAGAUCGAAUACGCGUGAAUGCGCGGAGACUAAAACACGUACGAUCACGAGCGAGGAAAACGAAGCAGCUACGAAAAAUGAAUCGGGUCCUACAUUGCUCGGGCAUCGGCGAAGGAGAUCGGUGAUUUAAAGAUGAACUCGUCUUAUCUCUGGGGAGAAGACGAAGAAUGGGGACCACGAUACUAUUUCACCUACUACAGCCAGUUUGGGAACCGUACAAGAGCUAGCACCGUCGAGGUGGUGAUACUAGCAGUUAGCUUUGUCUUAGCGAUAGCCGGGAACUUGGGUAUAGCCGGCUGCAUACUCGGAUACCGAGAAAUGAGAACGCCAACGAACUUGUGCUUAGUGAACUUGGCGGCCGCCGAUCUUCUGUUCAGCAUCGGUGUUCCGGCGAUCGCCUAUACCAGACUAACGCAGUCCUGGCGGCUUGGGGAAGCGAUUUGCAAGCUGCUACCUUACACGCAGUUUGUCUGUGGCUUUGUGCUUCUGUGGACGUUGACGUUCAUAUCGAUGGAUAGGCAUCGGUGUUUAGCAGUAGCUCCUUAUAGAAGCGUUUUAACCAGGUCUCGGGUUCUAGCGGCUAGUCUCGUCACCUGGAUCGUCGCGGCUUUCAUUUUUCUACCUGUGAUAUUUUGGUUCCAAUCAAAGGACAUCGCGGACGAGCUAACGAUCUGCACUCUAGUCUUUCCGCGGAGCGACGUCGUCAGCAUCUCCUUGUGCUUCAUCGUACCGAUCGUCAUCCUAGCUUGUCUGCUACCGAUGACUCUGCUGGUCUACCAUUAUCAGCGGAUCUUUCAGAAGAUUCUCGACUCGCGAAGCAGAUGGGCCGUCUCCUGCAUCGCACAAGGGUUGGAGAGCGGUGCAACAGGUAGAAGAGAUUCUGAGCUGUCGGUGAUGGGAACGUUGCUAACAUGGCCAGGAAGAAAACUAUCCGGUGCUAGUAUCGGGGGCAGGCCAGGACGAGCUGGCAGUCUUUCUCAACACGAAGAGAUACGAUUGCAAAAGCAUUUGCGGGCUGUGCGAAUUUUAAUGCUGAACGUGCUCUGCGUUCUCAUCAUGUGGCUACCCAUCACUACCGUCAUGCUGUUGAUCUACGUGGACGGCAGGAGACCAGCCGAGAAUACAGACUUCUUCCUAAGGUCCCACCAUUUCGUUUGGACUCUGAUCGCGGCUCAGUUUAACGCUAUAGUCAAUCCUUUGCUGUACGGUGUUUUCUCAGAAAAUUUUCGAGUCUGUUUUGUGAAACUGUGGCGACGUAGGCUCGCUGGCAAUGUCAGAACUACCGCGGAACGCACAGGGUCCAAGAAAGGCGAGAAAACGUUGGAAGCGUUCCAGACGCGGUUAGGCAGCGUCAGAACACCCACCAGUUCUAGGAAUCUGCAGAAACAGUCGAAGAAAAGCUCUAGCUGUAGUAUAGGUAGCAUCGUUGAAGUACCCACCACAGAUAAAUCAUAAAACAUCCUGUACUUCGUACAUAUGUAUAAUUACGUGUAUACAGAGUGUAAAAUUACGAUUACGAAAAGAAUACGAUGUUAGGAAUGUGAAAAGUUAAAAUCAAAUAAUUUUUUAAAAUCAUUGGUAUUUUAAUUACGACUGCACAUUGGGCCAAACGAAUGAAUAAAUCAUCUGAAAUACAAUGAAAAAUUUGAAGAGUGCCUCAUUAACUGGAAUAAGAUGUCUUUUCAAAUUCAACACGCGUAUGUACUUACAGAGGUCUUGUAAACGCUGUCUUAAGCCAUGCAUUCUCUUCUCACACUUCUUUUAAUCUCUGACAAUGUUCUCAUAUCGAUAGUUCCCUCUUGUAGAAAUUUUUCGAGGAUAGCGAUUUUCGAAUUUAUAAAAUCUACCCUUUCUACUUUUGCUUUCUUUCUUUUAGUCUUUUCACGGUGGGGAUAGAUUACAUAGUUUCUGAUAAGUAACCAAGGAUAACCUUCUUCCUUUAAGCUAAUUAAAUCUACAUUAACUUGUAAAGAAUUUAUCAUUUUAUCUUCUGGUAUAUCAACAUCAACUACAGUUUCUUGAUCUUCUACUCUUUUCAUACAAAAUGUAGUUUCAUUUUCGAAUUUUACAUUAAAUACAACCCAACAAUCUUUUGGAAGGAUGUCUCCAAACGUUGCGGAUAAAAGAAAUAAAUUAGUUACCCUGUGUAACACUAUGUUUGGACAGAAUUGAACUUUCUGUUUAUGAGCAUACAAAUUUAUUCUUUUUAAUUUAUCUUCUUCAGCUUGUAACUCAUUGUUGAGUUUAUGUAUUUCCUGAGUUCCUUUAUAAAUCUUGUCCAUUAUAAGAUUUGUAUCUUUCAACAUAUCCAAAUGAAGACCAAUAAAACUGUCUUGUUCUCUAGA